AUGAGUCCAUCCAUGUAUACUGGGAACGGUCCAUGGGGCUGCCAUCUCCCCUCUUUCUCAAGAGCGACCUGCUGCAGAGAGCUGGAGAAGGUUCAAGAGAAAGGAGACUCUGGCAUGAUCACGGUGGAGAGGAGAUACAGUACUAAACACAAUGAUUUUCUGGAAUCUAAGGGAUGCUUUGCCAACACAACAUCCUCUAGCAGAAGCAUCAGCCCCUCAUCUUCUGUUGAAACAGGUCUGAGUGUCAGUGAGCCUCCAGGCCCCUGCAGAGUGUCUGUUCACCUAGACCCUCCUGCAGAUUUGGCUCUGAAAUCCUCCUCCUCACAUUCUGAUCACUCCUCUGACAACUCAUUGCCUAGAAUCCAAAAGGAUAAAUAUCCUGAGGAAUUCAGCCUGCUUAAGUUGCAGACAAAAGAUGGGCAGCGUCCUGAGUGGACAUUUUACCCAAGGUUUAGCUGCAAUAUCCACACCUACCAUGUUGGAAAGCAGUGCCUAUUUAACGGGGUCUUCCUUGGCAACAGGAGGUCUCUGUCAGAGAGGACAGUGGACAAGUGCUUUGGGAGGAAGAAAUAUGAUAUUGAUCCAAGAAAUGGAAUCCCAAAGUUAACUCCAGGAGAUAAUCCAUAUAUGUACCCAGAACAGAGUAAAGGCUUCUACAAAGCAGGAUCAACUCUCCCACCAGUGAAUUUUUCAAUAGUGCCUUAUGAAAAGAAAUUUGAUACAUUUAUUCCACUUGAGCCUCUUCCACAAAUUCCCAACUUGCCUUUCUGGGUGAAGGAGGAGGCCAACAGGCUGAAGAAUGAGAUAAGAGAAGUUGAGGAGCUUGACAAUUGGCAUCCAGCGGUUUCCUUGAUACACAGUCUACUCCCUGCUGUGUUGUCUGUCUACACAGCCAAGCAGGAUGAGAGCUCGGUGAGCACCAAUCAAGAGUCUUAG